ACAUUUGUUCGACGACGCAGUCACUAAGUGAGACUAUGAUCCUCGAGAGCGAUGGAUUCCAGAAUCCAGAUCCCAUCACUUCAUCACUCAUAGAUUUUCUCACUGUGUAUUUGUCGCGAUUGCGAAUCUUGUUCUUCGUUAUCGCAUUGGCAUUACCGCCUUUCCCUUUCAUGAUUUCAUCAUAUGCCUCGCGUUGCUGCAACUACCCUUCAUUCUUCUUCAUCUGUAUACGUCCUUUCCUUUGCAACCCCUCGGAUACCAAUCGUCGUCGAGGGGUAGGAGAAGGCCGAGAUGAGCUUCAUCUGAGCUUAAGCAAUGACGGCAUCCAGAAGGCGAGUGAUAUUUGAAUGUUGUCCUUUGUGAAAUCAUGCUCUGCGGGCUUCGAUUAGUUGGUGUGAUGAGAGGGAACUUCCUUAAUCGCAGGAUUCUGCAGAGAUUCCGUCAGCUUAUGAUCUCCUCCUUCCUUGGAUCUGUUAAGAUUAAGCUGCUGCUCGGCUGCUGUAUUGCUUUUACUGUUGUGUUCAUUGCUGGCCGUGCCGCGACUUCUGUGGGAUUGAGACACCGCCACGAGUCUCUUCGAAGCUUCCCUACUCCCAGGAAAGGUUACACUAUCUUGAUUAAUACAUGGAAAAGAAAUGAUCUUCUGAAACAGUCUAUUUCUCACUAUGCAUCCUGUGUGGGGCUUGAUUCAAUACAUAUUGUAUGGAGUGAACCUGAUCCUCCAUCAGAGUCUCUUCGUGAGUUUCUUUGGCAUAGUAUUAAGUCAAACUCAAGGGAUGAUAAAGACAUUGAACUGAGGUUCGACAUAAACAAGGAAGACAGUCUAAAUAACCGAUUCAAGGAAAUUAAGGAUUUGAAGACGGAUGCUAUAUUUUCAAUUGAUGAUGAUGUUAUAUUUCCCUGCACUUCAGUAGAGUUUGCUUUCAGUGCUUGGCAGAGUGCUCCUGAUACCAUGGUGGGGUUUGUACCCCGUGGUCAUUGGGUGGAUAAAUUGAAGAAGAAUACUGACUAUUACACUUAUGGGGGCUGGUGGUCUGUUUGGUGGAUGGGCACAUACAGUAUGGUGCUUUCAAAAGCUGCCUUUUUUCACAAGAACUAUCUUUUCUCAUAUACAAACCAGAUGCCACCAUCUAUUCGAGAAUUUGUAGCCAAGAACAGCAGGAAUUGUGAAGAUAUUGCAAUGUCUUUCCUUGUUGCAAAUGCAUCUGGUGCUCCCCCCAUAUGGGUGAAAGGUAAGAUAUUUGAGAUCGGCUCAGCUGGAAUCAGUAGUUUGGGAGGUCAUAACAGCCAGAGAACCCAAUGCGUCAACGAAUUUGUAGGAGAAUAUGGGCGCAUGCCAUUGAUAUCAACAUCUGUGAAGGCUGUGGAUAGCCGCAACAGCUGGUUUUGGUGAUAUUGAGUUUCUUCAUUGAUAAGUUUUUUC